GGCGACUGCAGCAGCGCCAGCUCCCUCCCGGUCCCCGCCUCGGCCCCGGGCUCCGAAGCGGCUCCGGGGCGCCUUUUCGGUCAGGGUCGUAGUCUACCCCCUCCCCAGCCCCAGCCUCUGGGGACCCAGGCUCGCCAGCGCCCAGCAAGGGAGCCGGCCGAGAAGCGCGAUGGGGGCCCCUUCCGCCCUGCCCCUGCUCCUGCUUUUCGCCUGCUGCUGGGCGCCCGGCGGAGCCAACCUCUCCCAGGACGGCUACUGGCAGGAGCAGGAUUUGGAGCUGGGAACUCUGGCUCCACUCGACGAGGCCAUCAGCUCCACAGUCUGGAGCAGCCCUGACAUGCUGGCCAGUCAAGACAGUCAGCCCUGGACAUCGGAUGAGACAGUGGUGGCUGGUGGCACCGUGGUGCUCAAGUGCCAAGUGAAAGAUCACGAGGACUCAUCCCUGCAGUGGUCUAACCCUGCCCAGCAGACUCUCUACUUUGGGGAGAAGAGAGCCCUUCGAGAUAAUCGGAUUCAGCUGGUUAGAUCUACUCCCCAUGAGCUCAGCAUCAGCAUCAGCAAUGUGGCCCUGGCGGACGAGGGCGAGUACACCUGCUCCAUCUUCACUAUGCCCGUGAGAACUGCCAAGUCCCUCGUCACUGUGCUCGGAGUCCCACAGAAGCCCACAAUCAGUGGCUACAAGUCAUCAUUACGGGAAAAGGAGACAACCACCCUAAAAUGUCAGUCUUCUGGUAGCAAGCCUGCAGCCCAGCUCACCUGGAGGAAAGGUGACCAAGAGCUCCAUGGAGAACUAACCCAAGUACAGGAAGAUCCCAAUGGUAAAACCUUCACUGUGAGCAGCUCAGUGACGUUCCAAGUUACCCGGGAGGAUGAUGGGGCGGACAUCAUAUGCUCUGUGAACCAUGAAUCUCUUAAGGGAGCUGACAGAUCCACCGCUCAACGCAUCGAAGUAUUAUACACACCGACUGCAGAGAUUAGGCCAGACCCUCCAAAACCCCGCGAGGGCCAGAAGCUGUUGCUACACUGUGAGGGUCGUGGCAAUCCCGUGCCGCAGCAGUACCUGUGGGAGAAGGAAGGCAGUGAGCCACCGCUAAAGAUGACCCAGGAGAGUGCUCUGAUCUUCCCCUUCCUCAAUAAGAGUGACAGUGGCACCUACGGCUGCACAGCUACCAGCAACAUGGGCAGCUACAAGGCCUACUACAUUCUCAAUGUGCAUGAUCCCAGUCCAGUGCCCUCAUCCUCCAGCACCUACCACGCCAUCAUUGGCGGGAUUGUGGCUUUCAUCGUCUUCCUGCUACUCAUCCUGCUCAUCUUCCUCGGCCACUACUUGAUCCGGCACAAAGGAACCUACCUGACCCACGAGGCGAAAGGCUCUGAUGACGCCCCAGAUGCAGACACGGCCAUCAUCAACGCAGAAGGCGGGCAGUCGGGCGGGGACGACAAGAAAGAAUAUUUCAUCUAGGGGUGCCCACCCACCUUCUGCGCCCCCCAGGGGCCCUGUGGGGACUGCUGGGGCCAUCACCAACCCGGACUUGUACAGAGCGACCCCAGGGCCACCCCUCCCGCUUGCUCCCCAGCCCCCCCACCCCCUGUACAGAAUGUCUGCUUUGGGUGCGGUUUUGUACUCGGUUUGGAAUGGGGAGGGAGGAGGGCGGGGGGGAGGGAGGGUUGCCCUCAGCCCUUUCCGUGGCUUCUCUGCGUUUGGGUUACUAUUAUUUUUGUAACAACCCCAAAUCAAAUCCGUCUCCAGGCUGGAGGGGCAGGGGCACUGGGGUGAGAAAAGUGAAAACCCUGGAGUGUUAGGAGGAGAAUGAAGGUGGAGGGGUGAGGACAGGAAAGGAACAGGGCCGGUUUAGUGGGGGGCUCUCACCAGCCCUCCAUUCUCUACAACAGAGGGCUCCCCGACUUCCCUGGAAAUGGGGAGGUUGUGAGCAGGAGCUGGAGGUGGCUUUUCAUCUGCUAGUCACACACCUCGAGCUAUGGACAGAGAAACAAGUGCCACCCUGACACCUCUCUUCCACUACAAUGGGAAAGGGGUGAAUGGAGGUCCCCGAAGAGAUGUGACCUGCGGAUGACAUGCAGCCAUACAGGGACCCUGGGCUGCAACAUGGGAAGGACGUGGGUCCCUAUAAAGAAGGGUAGAUUUAGAGAGGAAGGAUGGCAGAGUUGGACCCGUCUACCCUUGCCCCCUACAAUGAGUGAAGCCAGGCCCCUUUCGCAGGAACUGCCCUUGGGGGUUGGCAGAGCAAGGCUGCCCUUCCUUGCUCCAGCAGCUGUGGGAGAGGCGCUGCUCAGGGGCCUGAACUGCAUCUGCUUCCCCCUCGCCGAGGGGCCCCUCAGUCUCACCCAAGCCCUGGACUGUUGCACGGCAACCACUCCUCUUAUGGCAUUGCUCGGCAACUGCCCCUCCCAUCUUGUGCCCUCCUGUGCCCCUUCCUAUUCCCUGAGCCGUCCCUUAGUCUUUCCUCCCUCCUUCAGCAGCCAGGCAGACAUAACAACAAAAAUACUAAAAGGAGAUUCACUGCACUGAGCUGUUUCCUGCCCAAACGAAGGGAUAAUGUGAACUCUGUGAGUGUGUGAAUGUGUGCAUCUGUGUGUCUCUGUGCCUGUGCAUGUAUGUGUGUGUGAGUGAGAGACAGAGAGGGGGUCCUGGGUGGGUGGGCGGGCUGUGGGACAUGUGAAGAAGGGCUUUGGGAGUGGAGGAUUCCUGGUCAGGCUUUGUACCUCACCUGGGAUGUUGCUCCAUCCUCGUAUUUUCCGUGCCACCCCCAGUGCCCAUCUCUCGUGGAGAAAACAGUUCCAGGAUGCGUUUUUGUUCAGUUGUCCAUCUCGUCUCUCCCUUAAAACACAGAACAUUCAACCCCUGCCUCGAUUUCCCUUCUCGGAGCCAUGGAGUCAGUGCCACAGCCUUUGCUAUGCACCCCUCAGGCCUCUCCCUGGCACUGACCCUGGAAUGACCGCGGUCACUUCUUUUUCCCAUAGUCCGUACCCAGUGCUUUGAGAGCUGGGAGUGAAACCUCCAGUCUCCUUCCCAUCUCCACCCCCACUUUUGAUUUUCUGUCUUCCUUCAUGGCCAAGCUGGUUUCCGUGGCGAUGAGGUUGCUCACCCUCCCUGUCCCUGCCAGCCGCCUCGCCUCAGACCCAGAUACCCCUUGGCGCCACUCUCCCUCUCCUCCAGCAUGUCCUCCCUGCUCUGACAACCCAGGGCUCUGCAAAAUUGGGGCAGCUGCAUCCAGCAGGUCUGCCCGCCCCUUCAGUUCAGGUAAUACCCUUGUGAAUCUUCCAGCCUCUGGUUAGGGCCCUGGGCACCACAGGUAGUCCCCCACCUAAGCCAGGGCCUCCUCCUCUUAUAGCAGCAAGGCAGCCUAGGGCCCCAGGCCUGUCGGCUUCCUGUCUCCCAGCACCCGCUUUUGGGAAAAUGACUUUUCCUCUUUGAGCUGAACCACUCUGUCCAUAUUACACAGAAGCCAUAUUUGUACGGGGGGCGGGGGGAGAGGGGCUGUUGUGCUGUGUGUGUCCGUCUGUUAGGGGGGAAGGGAGCAGGGAGGGGAUCGUGUAUCUUUAUAAUCUUUCUAACUCUCCUGUGCUAAUCUCAGAGGGGCCACCCUCAAUAUAUCUGGAUUAUCCACGUCGCUCAGCUGCCUCCUUCUUGUUGCUCUUGCUCCUCUUGGGACGCGUGUGUUUAAGGGCUGUUCUGCUGGUCUCUCCUGUGCCUGGUCCCUCAGGGGUGGUGUGUGGCUUGCCAUGCCUCUCUCCCACGGGUGUCUCUGUAUAGAAACAAUACAGCUCUCCAAAGGAGAGAAGUGUGUUCA